AUGGAGUGUGUCGAUCUGCAACAGAUAUGUGAUGGGUACAAUAACUGUGGUGACUGGUCCGACGAAGGAGUUCAUUGCAAAGUAGCAGAGUGUUCCCCGAGAUGUAACAGUACGGACGGGGUUUGCAUAUCAAGACCCAUAGGAUCUGAGUGCGUGAUAGAAUGCCCUCCUGGAAUCUUUAAGACUUCAAAAGGAUACAGCUUUAAACCAGGAGUUCCAUUAACAUUCUUGGUGCUGUUUCAUGAAGAUACGCCACGUCGUGAGAUAAGAUAUACAGUCAAAUUGAAAUUCCUGAAAUUUAAAACGAUAAAGAUGAUCUCUAAAACUUUUGAAAUGGUUGUAGAAUGUAAAAAAAACAGCUUUAGUCUAUUAUCUGCGGUUAUUAAGAAAUCAGAUCAGACUGUUAAUAUUAGAAAAGUUGAUCGUCACCGUGCAGCUACCAAUAAAAAAAAAGAAAUCAAAGGAAAUUGGGACGCAGAUUUUUAUACAGUAGACUCAUAUAGUACCGAGACCGAAGAAAACGAAGAAGAAGAAGAAAAUACGCCAACUACAAAAUUAACCACCACAACUACACCAUCGACUAUAACAACCAUAACUACACCCUCGACUAGAACAAUAGCAAUAAUGUCUUCAACCAUAAAUGCCACCAAAUCCACACCCAAGUCUACUAAAAUCACUACUACCCUAACGAAUACAACCAUUGCUAAACAAAACAUUUUCACGCCUACCAUCACUACAACUACUACUACAACCCCUCCGACUAUCACAAUCACAACUGACCCAACAUUUACCAUAACUACUCCUACGAGUACCACAACCAAAACAACAAUCAAGACUACAACCACCACAGAUAUCCCAAUGAUUACCUCUACGACAAUCACAACUAUCCCUACGACUAGUACAACCACAACUACCCCCACGAAUACCACUACCACACCCACACCAACUUCUACUACUACCGGAACCACACCCACGAAUACCACUAUCACAACUACAGCCAAAUCUACUUCCACACUUUCACCUACUCCUAUGAUCACCACAACCACAACUCCUUCGACUACCACGAUUAUCUCUACGACUUCUACUAACACAACCACAAAUGCUCUCUCGACUACCAUAGCUACUACGAACACUACAAGCACAACUACUCCGACUAUAAAUACUUCUUCGACUACCACCAUAACCACAGUUAGUCCUACAACUACCAAAAUGAGAAUUAGGCGCUCGACUACCUCAACUAAUACUACAAACACAACUAUCCGUACGUCUUUCAUAACCAGUACCAUCCUCUCGACUAACACAAUCACAACUACCUCUACGAAUACCAUAACCACAACUAUACCUACGACUAGUACAACCACAACUACCCCCACGACUACCACUACCACACCCUCACCAACUUCUACUACUACCGGAACCACACCCACGAAUACCGCUAUCACAACUACAGCCGAAUUGACUUCCACACUUACACCUACCCCUAUGAUCACCACAACCACAACUCCUUCGACUACCACAAUUAUCUCUACUACUACUACUAACACAACCACAAAUGCUCUCUCGACUACCAUAGCUACUACGAAUACUACAAGCACAACUACUCCGACUAUAAAUACUUCUUCGACUACCACCAUAACCAAAGUUAGUCCUACGACUACCAAAAUGAGAAUUACGCGCUCGACUACCUCAACUACGCCUACAACUACUACAAACACAACUAUCCGUACGUCUUUCAUAACCAGUACCAUCCUCUCGACUCACACAACCACAACUACCCCUACGAAUACCAUAACCACAACAAUUCCUACAAUUAUCACAACCACAACUACCAGAACUACAACCAUCCCCUCGACAUCUAUCUCCAAUAUUACUGCAACCACAACUACUCCUACGACAUAUAGAAGUUUUGAACAAGAUCACGGCAAAACAGAGAUAGAGGGCCUUAACACCGUUGUAAGAAGUAUUUUAUGGAACAAAGCUAAAGUAGAACACAAAGUUCUCACAUCCACUAAAACUAUUCCAACGAUAACAUUUAUCAGAAUUACCCCCACGAGUACAGCACCCACAGAUGUUUUGACAAUCACUACAACUCCGGUGACUAUAUUAAGCAAAAUUUCAACAGCUCUACCCAGGAUAAAAACACCUACCUUUUUCAUUGCAACUAAAAAGAUUAAAAAUAACAGGAAACAUAGUAAGCGUCGUUGCAAGAAGCGUCGUUGCAAGAAGCGUCGUCACUCAAGUAUAUGGAAUUGGUAA